CACUUCCAACCAAAACCACUCCAUGAUUCUAUGAAUUCAGGGAGUUUCUGGAAAGUAUUUGGAGGAACUGGUCUGCAGGGGAGGGCAGGUGUCCCUGGUUUCCAGGGGUUGGGCUGGAAAUGGUGAAUCCUGCACCCCAGAGCUAUGCCUGCCAUCCCCUUCCCUCAUCAAUUGUGAGGGUGUUUUUGUUGGAGCUGUUGGAAUUGAGAUUGUUGCAUUUGCCAUGGAGCUAUUAGAGUAGGAACCCUUUCUUCUAAAGCACAUCUUUUUCCAGGGAAAAUUUAAAAAAAAACCCCAAGAGGACCAACUGGUGUGAGUUUGUGACUUCCAGCAUUUGGAGCUGGAAACCAGCUGCUCCCAAAGGGACUCCCCAGCCGCAGCCUGAAGAGAUGUGCUCAAGGAAAACCCCUUUUAUGCUGUUUAUCCCACGAAAAGUGGUGGGUCAAGGAGGUCCUGGGGGUUUUUAGCAGCCGUAGGAGCAGGAGGGGGCUUUUGGUGUGGUCUGUGCCCUGGGUGCUGCUCGCAGCCCUGGGCACCCCAUGUAAUGAGGGGGCUGGUUGUGAGCGAGCCCCCACUUGUGGGGUGAGGGCAGGUGGCCCUUUGCCAUGUUUUACAGAGCAGGAACUAAACCUGAUUCAUUGUGUGUUGGCAUGAACUCAGGGCGACUUCACAAAGGUAAUAGAUAUCCCAUUCAAUGCAGGGAUGUGGUACAUUUUUCUGGCAAAAAAACCCUUAUUUGACAAAACAAAGCAAUUCCUGCAAGAAGCACAGCCCGGGGUAAAAAGGCCACUGCCGGGUUCUUGGUGGAGAUUCAAGCCUGGAUGAAGCCAAAGUACAGAAAGGAGCAAAUGGUUGCAACUUCUGCCAAAACUCUUGUUACUGGAAAAAUGACCCCCCAGCGACAGCCAGAUUCAGGAAGAGCUUUCAGGGAGACGAAGGGCGGCUGGGUUCCCAUCAUGGACCUGGGUGGUCAGCUCUGAGUGAUGCUCCCCAGGACCUCGUGUGCUGCUGAGCUCCAGCUGGUGUUGCUUCAAUGGAAUUAGGUGGAGCUGGUUGAAGAAACCAUGUUUUGAGUCUUGGCCGUAGGCUUUCGAGGUCAGAAGGGAGGAUCUCAUGGUUGACAUGCCCCAGGUGAAGCAGGACCUCUCGAGGAAGUCCCCAUCGUGUGCCCGAGGUGCCGUUGCCACAGGGUGGAAGGGGCAGCGUCCCGCUCAGCAAGGAUCAUUUCAACAAAGAGUUGGCAGCUCCACGCAGAAAACAAACAAUUUCAACAUCUGCUUGGGUUGCAUUCAGUUUUCUAGUGUUUUGCUUUGCGGGUUGAACAAACUACUUCCUUCUUGCUCAGAGGAGGAUGAUUAAUGAUUUAUGGGUCAACUGGCCUAACUCCGGUUUCUGCAGAAUUCAAACUUUCCUCCGUGGAGCCGUAUCUGAGCGUGUAGGCGUAUCGUGACUCCUCCUUCAGCGGUGCCUGGACAAGGACAACCAUCACUUCGUCUUGCAAGAGCUGAACAAGAGCUGGGUCUCUCCAUCUCCUCCUGCCAGACCUCCAGGUAUUUGGCCUAGAAAAAGAGUGUGGUAACUUCUGUGGGGUCUCUGGACGGGGAGGCUGGAAUAAAGAAAGAUGCCAGCCUUGGAGCCGGGGAGGCAGAGGGAUGGCACCGCUCUCCUUGGGUUGUCCCUCGCCGCUGCUCUUGUCGUGGCUGUCCAGAGUGACUGUGAUGCUCCGCCGCGUCUCCUGUCUGCAGAACUCAAAGAGGACUACAAGGGCAUUACCACGUUUGCCAUUAAUUCGAGGGUGGAAUACACCUGUCGUUCAGGUUACAAGAGAAAUUUUGGUGUCCCAAACAGUCUUUCUUGUGGAAGGAAUAACAGGUGGGAAGGCUCGCAUGACAUGUGUACACCAAAGCAGUGCUCCUACCCUGGAGAGCUGGCCAACGGCAGACUCAUCCUGGCAGAUAAUUUCGCUUUUGGUACAACUGUGAGCUUCACCUGCAACACUGGGUUCAGACUGGUUGGAAGUUCUCAAAUUCAGUGUGUGCUUAGAAACGGGGCUCUUACGUGGGACAGAGAUAUUCCCAUCUGUGAGACCAUACCGUGUCCACCCCCCCCAGAAAUAGCUAAUGGACAGCACAGUGGAGCUGGCAAAGAGCACUUUGAGUACGGAGACUCCAUCACUUACUGGUGCCACGGUGUCAGGAGGGGAGAGAAGCCUUUCUCGUUGGUGGGAGAUGGCUCUAUUUUCUGUACGACCACAGACAACGUAAACGGUGUGUGGAACAAGCCAGCCCCAGAGUGCAAAGUGGUGAACUGUGAGCCUCCCAGCGUGGAGAACGGGCUGCUGGUGAGCGGGUACCAGCCCGAGUACACCUACAGAGACACCGUCAUCUUCGACUGUAAGUUCCGCCACACCAUGAACGGCAGCGACACCUCCACCUGCAGCCGAAACGGCCUCUGGGACCCCCCGCCACCCCUCUGCCAGCGCAGCAGCUGUGACGACCCUCCGGAUGUGCCUAAUGCUGUUAAAGCAAAACUUGCUGGCAAUUUAUUUCCCGUGGAGACUGUCAUUACCUACGAGUGCAGGGAGGGCCACCAGUUCAGCCCGGGAGAAACCACGAGGCACAUUAAGUGUCUGCCGGAUUUCACGUGGUCUGAGACUCCACAGCCUUGCCAAAGAAUUCAGUGCUCGUAUCCAGUCAUCAGGAAUGGAAGGCUCCUAAAUCAAUGGAAAGAGAGAGUCAAUUACGAGUUUGGAGACACACUGGCCAUUAAGUGUUCCGAGGGCUUUGCUUUCAAAGACCUCAGCAGCCAGGUCAUGCUUAGGUGUACCAGUGAUGGUACAUGGCAUCCACCUGCAGCAGAGUGCACUCCAGUGCCUCAAUGCCCAAAGCCAGAUAUUAUUCAUGGAAGAGAGGUCCGUAGCAGCAAAACUGACUACAAAGUUGGGACCCAUCUGAUGGUGGAGUGUGAUCCAGGCUAUGCCCUCAGGGGCCAUGAGCGGACAGUGUGUCAGCCUGACACCAGCUGGGCUCCCCCGUUACCCUUCUGCGAUAAAGUCUGUGGUCCCCCUCCACCAAUCAGCAACGGGAAGCACUCUGGCCUGGGGCAGGAGCAGUUCUCCUACGGCGCAAGGGUGAACUACAGCUGUGUGGAGGGUCUGUCCCUCAUUGGGGACGAGUCCAUCUACUGCACCUCCAACGAUGGGGUGAACCUGGUGUGGAGUGGACCUGCCCCGGAGUGCAGGGUGGUCCGGUGCCCCAAGCCCGUGGUGGAGAGGGCCAGGAUGACCCCACCAAGGGUGACGUUUCCCUACGGGGCGGACGUGCGGUUCUCCUGCGAGGAAGGCUUUGAGCUCCACGGUGACGCCGAGAGCCGGUGCCUGGAGGAUGGUGCCUGGCACCCUCCCCUGCCCUCCUGCCAGCCAGUUCAGUGUUACCAACCCCCAAGACAGGAGGACCUGACAAUUCGGAAUCUUAAAUUAUGGUACUCGGUGAACGAAACUCUGCGGUUCCAGUGCAAACUGGGUGGCCGUUCACUGGGAACUUCAGAAUCUACCUGUUCAGUUAAUGGCACUUGGAUCCCACCACCCACGUGUGAAAAGCGCAACGCCUGCGAGAGGGUUCUUCGAGACAAGCAGUUUUUCCAGUGUGGAAUUCCCCUGGAAGAACUGAAGACUCUGCUGGAAGUCCGGAAACUGUACUUGGAGAUCCAGAAACUUGAAAAGGAGCUGAAGGUCCCAGCAUACGGCUGGGCUCAGUGUCCCGUCCCGGACAUCGCCCACGGGCAGCUGAAACCCGCAGGGAACUUCACCGAGGGCAGCACGGCCACGCUCCAGUGUGACCCUGGGUACAUCCCCAUGGGUGGCUCCACCACCCUGCGGUGCCAGGGCAACGGCAGAUGGUACCCACGGGUGCCCACCUGCACCCUAGGUCAGUGUCCCUACCCUCCUGUCAUCGAUAACGCCGACCGAAACCCUCAGCGCAUCUUUCUAGUCGGGACAAAUGUGACCUACUCCUGCCGACCCGGGUACACUCUGCUCCCCGACGUCUCCCCAGUAACCACUUGCCUUAAAAACUUCACAUGGUCCGUGAUCCCAAAGCUUUGCCAGAAGACGCAGUGUCCCAGCCCGGUCAUCUCCCACGGGGGAGAGAUCACCCCCAGGAAAGCCGAAUACAACUUCGGGCACCAGGUGGAAUUCCAGUGUGACCCCGGGUACGUGCUGAGGGGCAGCCGGAGGAUCCAGUGCUGGGCAGACGGGACGUGGAGACCCCCCGUGCCCUUCUGUGACAAGGUUUGUGGUCCCCCUCCAAAAAUCGACUAUGGGCAGCACUCUGCCUUGAGAACGGAGCAGUUCCCCUACGGCUUAGAGGUGAAGUACAGCUGUGCAGAGGGUCUGUCCCUCAUUGGGGACGAGUCCAUCUACUGCACCUCCAACGAUGGGGUGAACCUGGUGUGGAGUGGACCUGCCCCGGAGUGCAGGGUGGUCCGGUGCCCCAAGCCCGUGGUGGAGAGGGCCAGGAUGACCCCACCAAGGGUGACGUUUCCCUACGGGGCGGACGUGCGGUUCUCCUGCGAGGAAGGCUUUGAGCUCCACGGUGACGCCGAGAGCCGGUGCCUGGAGGAUGGUGCCUGGCACCCUCCCCUGCCCUCCUGCCAGCCAGUUCUGUGUCCACAACCCCACGUGGCCAAUGGACAGCUGAAAAACACUUCGGAUGUUAAAACGUGGUACGAAGCAAACACAACUGUUGAAUUUGAAUGCCUUCACGGAUACCGCUUUUCAGAGGAUGGAGACCUGGCUUCAGAGGAUUCCUGGACAGCCACGUGCUUGCCUGAUGUUCUGUGUCCACAACCCCACGUGGCCAAUGGACGGCUGAAAAACACUUCGGAUGUUAAAACGUGGUACGAAGCAAACACAACUGUUGAAUUUGAAUGCCUUCAUGGAUACCGCUUUUCAGAGGAUGGAGACCUGGCUUCAGAGGAUUCCUGGACAGCCACGUGCUUGCCUGAUGGCAAGUGGACACCACUGCCCACGUGUCUUUAUAAACAGCCCCUUGGUGCUCGACAGCAGAGCACAGAAGUAGCUGCAAUGAAGCCUGGAGAACCAGGACGCACCCUGACCUGCAGGGCACCUGCUGUGGCACAGGGGUCUGGACACCACAUACUGCUCCUGGCCUUGCUGGGGCUCCUAGGCAUGCCUGUGGCUCACGGUGACUGUGGGCCCCCACCCCGCAUGAACCACUCCAGACCGUCCAGCGAUGAGCACGCCACCAGCUUCCCCGUUGGAUCCCGGGUGACGUACACGUGCAUCCAGGGUGCUGUCAAAAUCCCAGAGAGGUCGGACACGGUGGAGUGCCUGCCCGGCCCACGCUGGUCAAAGCUGCCCGAGCCCUGCGGCUGGAGCUGUGGCCCCCCGACCAGGCUGCGCUUUGCUGCCCUGACCAAGGAGGACGAGAGGAUUAAUUUCUUUCCUGUUGGGACCAACGUGAGCUACGUCUGCCGCCCCGGCUACGAGAACACCUCGGAAAGUUCCCUCACCAGCAUGUGCCUUGAGAACCUGGUGUGGUCGGAGGUUGAGGAGCUCUGCCGGACAUCACUCUCUCUGUCAGGACGGUCCUGCGGGGAGCCGGGAGCGCUGCCCGGGGGCAGGAUGCUGGUUCUCACCGACCUCCAGUUUGGAGCAAGAGUCAUCGUGUCCUGCGAAGAUGGGUACAAAUUAAAUGGGAGUAAAUUCAUCUACUGUCAGCUUAAAGGAAACAACGUUGAAUGGACUAAACUUCCAACUUGUGAAUUAAUUACCUGCUCGUCACCACCUCAAAUCAGCAAGGGAAAGCAUGAUGGAGAAGGUGUGGAAAAAUUUACGUAUAACUCAACGGUGACUUAUACCUGCGACCCCGGCUUCCAGCUCCUUGGAAAUGCCACCAUCCGUUGUACCAGCAGGGACAAAACAAAGGGAGUCUGGAGCGGAGCCGCGCCGGAAUGCAAAGAGAAAAGAACAGCUGUCAAACUCGGAUCAAAGGAAAAAGAAAGGAGUCCUCCUCCCCAGAGUGCCCGUGGAAAUGCCAUCCAACCCUCUAAGAAGGCUUCCACGUGGGAAAUGAAGCUCAAACUCUAUAAAAAGGCACUCCAAAAUACCGUCUCCUUCUCCCCUUCUUCUUCUUUCUCCAGGACACCAGGUUUCUCUUCAGUGUCACGGAGCUGUGCUACCUCAGCUUUCAGAUUUGUUGUACCUUUGUACAAAACCCAAAACUACUAUUCUCCUGGGACCAGUCAAGGAUCCCUGUGUUCUCCAAAGUACAUGGGGAUCUCCGGCAUCCUCCCCCAAGCCGGCUGCUUUGAAAACAUAAAACGAUCUAAAGUUGCAUCAUUUUGUGGAACGAGGUCGUGGGCUGCCAGGAGGAGCCGGACGUGGCAGAAAUGCUGCUACAACAGGUUCCCCAUCCGCUGCAAAGGAUUCUUCUACUCAUGUGACUGCGGGCCGCUGCCCGAAAUAAACCACGCGGAGCCCCCCGAGGACCUCAAACAUCUGGAGAGCUUCAGCCUCGGCUCCGAAGUCACCUACAGAUGUGUCCAGGGCUACGUUAAACGACCCUUGAUGUCAGAUACCAUCCAGUGCCUGGCCAACUCCCAGUGGUCCAGCCUCGCCGAGUUCUGCGGCCGGAGCUGUCCCAGCCCGCUACGGGUGCCCUUCGCUAAAAUAUCAGCAGAAGAUGAAACGCUGAAUUUUUAUCCCGUGGAUGUGACGGUGAGGUAUACUUGUCGCCUGGGCCACGAGAGCAUCACGGACCAGCUCCCCACCAGCACCUGUCGUGACAAUUUAACGUGGUCAGAAGUUCCCAAGCUAUGUCGGAGGAAAUCUUGUGGUAUUCCAGCAAAUCCAGAACACGGCAAAGUUGUUACGAAUGAGUAUCUGUUGGGUACAAGAGCAGAGGUGGUUUGUAACCGUGGGUACACGUUAAAGGGAGCGUCGCGCCACGUCUUCUGUUCCCUAAGAGGAGCUGAAGUCGCCUGGACUCAAAUCCCAGUUUGUCAGGCUGUUUCUUGUCCUCCGCCUCCAGCGAUUCCCGAUGGGAAGCACAACGGUACGGGCACGGAGGAGUUCCUGUACCACUCAGUCGUGUCCUACACCUGUGACUCCGGGCUCCAAAUGGUGGGGAACGAAUCUCUCCGUUGUACAACAGAGAAUGGCAUCAGAGGCACCUGGAGUGGGUCUCCUCCCGAGUGCAGGGCUAGCACUACAGCAGCAACAAGCCAAACAGAACCCGCAGAGGAUAAAACAGCAGAGAAUCCUCACUUGCUAGCCUUGGCAUUCCUUGGAACUCUAGCUAUGGUCCUCAAGUGGAAAAACAAUAAAACCCACCACACCACCAGCUGCCACGUGUGUCCCACCUGUGAAGAAGGGCUCCACGCUGCCCUGGCACCCCGUGCUGAGCCUGCACCCCACGGCUGUGCCACCUGUAAGGAGUGGUUGGGUGCCCAGCCCCACGCACCCCGCUCCUACUCCGUCCCCAGCAUCGGCAGCGGGGAUGGCCAGAGCCCUGCAUGGACCAGCUCUCCUCCCAAAACUGCAGAUGUGCUGAUGGGUGAGGAUGCAGGAGAAGCUGUUCCAGAGCAGAGCGAUGCCGAGCAACCCAUGGACCGUGAAAGCAGCCACCGCUGCCCCGUCUGCGAGGACUGGCUGCGCGCACACCUCAGCCCCUGGGAAAGGGGUCCUGCAGCACCUGGGGAGCAGCCGGGGGGUCCCCACCAGCAGGACAAGGGCCCGCAGGGUCCCGUCUGCCCCCCCUGCGCCGACCGCCUGCACCUCUCCCUCGUCCACAGCGACACGGGGCGCUCCCCGCUCUGUCCCCUGGCUGGAGAGGGGACCCCAGCUCACCUCGUCCCCCCCCGCACCCCCGGAUGCCACCUCUGCCCCGUCUGCACGGCGCCCACCCACUCCCACCUCUGCCAGGCACCCAACGCAUCAUCCUCUCCCCUGCCCGCAGGUGACUGCCCACCGCCGCCGAGGUUUGCCUUUGCAGAACCUACCAAGCCCCUGAAGGAGUCCUACGCCGAGGGGGACAGGGUGAGGUACAGGUGCCGCCCGGGGUACACGAUGGCUCCGGGCAAAUUCCCUGAGGUCGUCUGCGAGGCUGGCUCCCAAUGGUCGGAGAACCCCGACUUCUGCAUCGGAAAGUCAUGUGGAGAACCAGAAAUCCCAAAUGGAAAAUUUGAGUACUCGACCGACCUCCGGUUCGGGGCGACAAUAAACUUCACCUGUAAUGAGGGGUACCGAUUAAUUGGGGCGCCGUCUGCACAAUGCAUGCUUAAGGACAAUGAAGUUUACUGGACUGAAAUUCCACACUGUGACAUUAUUCCCUGUCCACCACCUCCUGGGAUUGAGAACGGGCAGAUGACGAGCGGGAACAGAGACUUUGUCUUUGGCAUGGUGGCAACUUACAGGUGUGACAAAGACUUUGCUCUUAUUGGAGAUGAUACGAUUCACUGCACGACGGAUGAUAACCUCGAGGGAACAUGGAGCGGUCCACCCCCUGAGUGCAAAGUGGUCAAAUGUGAAAAUCCCGAAGUGAAGAACGGGAGAAAGGUGUCUGGCUUUGGCACUGAGUACACCUAUAAAGAUACGGUGACCUUUGAGUGUGUUCGUGGUCACGUACUGAAGGGCAGUAGCGUAGUUACUUGUGAAGCAGACAGUGCCUGGAAUCCACCUCUGCCAACGUGUGACCCGGUCUACUGUGGUCCUGCUCCACGUUUCCCCUUCGCUGAGCUCUUGGGGGCUGUGGGGGACAGAUACCCUGCAGAAACGAAGCUGACGUACCGCUGUAAACCAGGCUAUAUUGUAGCUGAGGGGAAGUCCUCUGUUGUCACCUGUCAGUUGGAUUCAACUUGGUCUGCAGACGUGGACUUCUGCAUACGGCAGCAAUGUCCUCCUCCCAGGAUAGAGAAUGGGAAUGUGAUCGAGGAUAAUUUCCUGUUUGAGAGCAUUGUGACAUUCACCUGCCAUUCUGGGUAUGAAUUAAAGAAGCCAUCUGCCAAGUGUGUGGCAUCGGGAAACAAAGUCGACUGGGAUCCGGCACCUCCGUACUGUGAAAUUGCUGCUCGAGGCUCAGCUGCACCUCCUUCUCCCAGUACAUCUCUUCACCUUCUCAGUUGGGAGAGGUCCUCAGACACUCUUGCUGGUGUUCCUUCUGUAGAAAAGCGCCCGGAAGGUUUCUGUGAGGAGCCCCCCAGGAUUGACAAUGGGAUGCACAAUGGCACCCAGAGCACAACGUUUCUCCACGGCUCCGUUGUGGUUUAUAAAUGCAGGGAUGGCUUCACCCUCGCUGGAGCCACCUCUGUUCGCUGUAUGGCAGGAGAUCAGGCCCGGGGAGUCUGGAGCACACCCACUCCUGAAUGCAGAGAUGGAGCAAACUUCAUCAUUGUUGGAAUCUUCCCCUUCCUCCUGGCGAUGCUGGUUAUGAACAUCUCCCCCCUGGAAGCCCCAGUCUGCGCUGGGAACCGGAGCAUGGUGCUCACCUUCACCCUCUGCCUCCUGGGCAGCUCCGCUCUGCUCCUGGCCACCGCGGCUGGGGCUCAAGCUUCCCAGUGCCCGUUCCCAAGUGUCCAGUAUGGGAGGAGAGUGUCCAUUGCUCGCCGUGUCUACAGGACAGGGAACACCGUGAGCUUUGUGUGCAACACGGGGUACACCCUGCGGGGCUCCCGCACGAGCACGUGUGGACCUGACUUCAGAUGGAGACCACCUCUGCCCACCUGCAAAAAGGAGGGGAUGUGUCCUCGGCCACCAAACAUCGCCAACGGGCUGCACAGCGGACAGUCCUUGGACUGGUUUUCCAGGGGCUCCACGGUGUCCUACAGCUGCAGGGAGGGCUACGAGCUGGUGGGGAACGUGUCCAUCAGCUGCACACAGAGCGGGCUGUGGAGCCAGCCCCUGCCCCGCUGCGAAGCAAUCGGAUGUAAGAGACCCGAGGUGCAGAACGGGAACGUCUACAAGCCGCAGAGCACCUACAAAGCUGGGGAGAUGCUUCACUUUGACUGUGAUGCUGGUUACGCCGCAGAGGACACCUAUGAGACCCGGUGCCAGCCGGGGGGGACCUGGGACCCUCCGGUGCUUGUCUGCAAGAGGGCCCGCCCGUGCCCCAUGCCUCCGGGGGUCCGCAAUGGGUACCACGAUGGCCAGGGCAAAGCAUUUUUUACCAUGGGAAUGUUUGUAACAUACACCUGUGACCCCGGGUACUACCUGGUGGGAAAGGCCACUGUGUUUUGUGGAGCAUCAGGGAACUGGAGCCGGCCUGUCCCCAUUUGUGGAGCAUCAGGGAACUGGAGCCGGCCCGUCCCCAGCUGUGAAGAGGUGAUGUGUCCUCGGCCACCAAACAUCGCCAACGGGCUGCACAGUGGACAGUCCUUGGAGAAGUUUCCCCGGGGCUCCAGGGUGUCCUACAGCUGCAGGGAGGGCUACGAGCUGGUGGGGAACGUGUCCAUCAGCUGCACACAGAGCGGGCUGUGGAGCCAGCCCCUGCCCCGCUGCGAAGCAAUCGGAUGUAAGAGACCCGAGGUGCAGAACGGGAACGUCUACAAGCCACAGAGCACCUACAAAGCUGGGGAGAUGCUCCACUUUGACUGUGAUGCUGGUUACUUCGCAGAGGACACCUAUGAGACCCGGUGCCAGCCAGGGGGGACCUGGGACCCUCCAGUGCUUGUCUGCAAGAGGGCCCGCCCGUGCCCCAUGCCUCCGGGGGUCCGCAAUGGGUACCACGAUGGCCAGGGCAAAGCAUUUUUUACCAUGGGAAUGUUUGUAACAUACACCUGUGACCCCGGGUACUACCUGGUGGGAAAGGCCACUGUGUUUUGUGGAGCAUCAGGGAACUGGAGCCGGCCUGUCCCCAGCUGUGAAGAGAAACAAUGUCGUCAUCCUGGUGAACCAGAGAAUGGGAAAAUUAUUUCCCUAACAGAUCUCCUGUUUGGGUCAACUGUGGUCUACGGCUGUGAAGAAGGGCACAGGUUAAUCGGACAGGCCAGCAGGCAAUGCCAGAUUUCUGGUGGCAGCGUCGCGUGGAGCGGCACCAUUCCCACCUGUCAGCGUAUCCCCUGUGAGCCACCUCCGGACAUUCCCAACGGGAAGCACACGGGCAGGCUCCUGGAUGAAUUCCACUUUGGCACAUCCGUAACCUACAGCUGUGACCGCGGGUACCCGCUGCACGGGGAGCCCUCCAUCCACUGCACCACCCGGGACGGGAAGAACGGCGUGUGGAGCGGGCCCCCCCCGCUCUGCGGAGAGCCAAAAUGUCCAGUCCCACAGAUCCAGAAUGGGAGAAUAGUGUCACCGAGGACAGCCUACACACACAAGGACACCGUCACCUUUGAGUGUGAGCCAGGCUAUGUCCUGCGUGGGCACAGCGUGGUACGAUGCCAACCAACCAACACCUGGGAGCCACCCGUGCCAGUCUGCGAGCCGGCUGGCUGUGAAGCACCUACCAGGCUGGUGUUUGCUGAGCUGAAGGAGCCGUAUGGAAACCAGACCAUCUUUCCUGUGGGGGGGACGGUGGAAUACGUGUGCCGGCCCGGGUACACCCAGCACCCAGGGAUGCCAACAGCCAUCACGUGUCUUGGGAAUCGGACGUGGUCUGUGGUGCUGGAGUUCUGUAAAAGGAAACAAUGUGCGAAUCCAGAGGAUCCAGAGAACGGCAAAGCUCUCGUCCUGACAGACCUCCUCUUCGGGUCCACAGUGAAUUACACUUGUGACAAGGGGUACAAGUUGGUUGGAGGCUCCCAGAGAACAUGCGAGGUCUCUGGCACACGUGUCUCAUGGAGUGGAGACCCUCCUGUCUGCCAGCGUAUCGUCUGCGAUCCGCCUCCGGCCAUCCCCCACGGGAGACACAGCGGGCACUCGAUGGACACCUUCUCCUACGGCGUCGUGGUCAACUACACCUGUGACCCCGGCCACCUGCUGGCUGGAGAGCCCUCCAUCAUCUGCACCACGGUGGAUGGGGAGCACGGCGUGUGGAGUGGGCCACCACCACGCUGUGGAGAGGCGAAGUGUCCUCCUCCUCCAGGCAUCGCCAACGGGAACCACAGUGGCCAGUCCUCGGCCACCUUCCCCCCGGGCUCGGCUGUGCGGUACCACUGCAGGGAGGGCUACUCCCUGGUGGGGAACGCCUCCAUCAGCUGCACCCCUGCCGGGACGUGGAGCCGGCCCUGGCCCCGCUGUGAAGCAACCGGCUGCAAGAGGCCAGAGAUCAAGAACGGAAGAACGACCGGGCUGGAGACCGUCUACAAACCCAGAGACACCAUUGUCUUCGAAUGCGAUUUUGGUUACGCCUUGAAGGGCUCUCAAGAGUCCCAGUGCCAGUUUGGGGGCACGUGGGACCCUCCUGUCCCCAUCUGUGAAAAGAUGCUACAGUGUCCUUCCCCUCCAAAUAUCAAAAAUGGCCAGCAUGAGAGCAAGGAUGUGCAAGUGUUCAUCCCUGGGAUGUCAGUGAAGUACUACUGCGACCCCGGGUACGUCCUCACCGGGAAAACAAUGGUGUCUUGUUUGUCAUCUGGAAGCUGGAGCAUCCCUUACCCCCGGUGUGAAGAGAUCACCUGCCCAAGCCCCAACAUCCAGGAUGGAGAUGUGGCUGAAGGACAGAGCGCCGUGUACCGUCCCGGGGCCAAUGUCACCUUCCAGUGCCACCCAGGCCAUGUUCUGUGGGGCAGCCGAGAGGCCAAGUGCCAGCCCGAUGGCCGCUGGUUGCCCGCUGUCCCCACCUGCGAGCUGGCGCUGCCUUGUCCUCCGCCUCCCGUCAUCGCCCACGCCACGCACAGCGCCGAGCUGGGGACAAACUUCACCAGUGGCAUGUCCGUGAGCUACCGCUGCCAGCCCGGCUUCUCCCUCCUCGGAGACCCCUCUGUCUCCUGCACGGCCUCGGGGAACUGGAGCCUCCCGUACCCACGCUGUGCAGUGCUGCAAUGUCCUUCACCUCCAAAUAUUGACAAUGGAAACCACAGCAGCCAGGGCUUGGAAGUUUUCCCUCCUGGGAUGGUUGUGAAUUACAGCUGUGACCCUGGCUACAGCCUCCUGGGAGAGGCAUCGAUUCACUGCACCGACUCCGGCAACUGGAGCCUCCCUCCUCCUCGCUGUGCAGGUGGCUGCGGAGCCCCUCCAAACUUAACCUUUGCUGAGCUAACUAAGGCAUCCAAAAACCUGACGGCGUUUCGUGCUGGGGACACCGUGCGCUACAGCUGCCGGCCGGGAUACACCAAACACCCCGGAGCAUCCGUAACCCUGACAUGUCUCCAAAACCACACGUGGUCUGAAGCCCUAGCGUUCUGUAAAAGGACACAGUGUAAAUCCCCAGAAGCACCAAAGAACGGCAGAGUUAUUCUGACAGAUCUCCCUUUCGGGUCAAUCGUGAGCUACACGUGUGACGAAGGGUACCGACUGCUUGGACCGUCUCACCGGCGAUGUGAGGCGUUUGGAGAAGAUAUGGCAUGGAGUGGGAGUCCUCCCACUUGUCGAAAGGUGGUAUGCCCAGCCCCACAGAUCCAGAACGGGAGCGUAUCUGCUCCCAAAUAUCACUACACAUACAAAGACACCGUCAGCUUCAAGUGCCAUCGAGGUUUCACCUUGCGAGGCCACGGCACAUCCCAGUGCCAAGCCAACAGAACGUGGGACCCACCAGUACCCGUCUGCGAGCAGGGAGAUAAGUCUGGUUUGGAUAAUGCUCUGCCCAUCCUUCCCGACCGUAUCGCUCUUGGUGGUGUGUUGUCAGAUGUUGAGGAGGGGCCCUAUUUUGAUCUGCACUUCUCCCUUUCUAGUGCCAUUCUGCCCCAUGUGCUGAUGGUUGGGCAGGGCUGGCUCAGUGCUGGGGGAGUGAGCACUCAGCCCUCCCCCAGCUGCCCAAAACCUUCCCCUCUUGCCUUUAGGGGCCCUAUUUUGAUCUGCACUUCUCCCUUUCCAGUGCCGCUCUGCCCCGAGCCUCCAGACAUCACCCACGGGUCUCACAGUGGCCCAGGAAAAGCGUUUUUCACUCCUGGAACAUCUGUAAGAUACACCUGUGAGCCCGGCUUCUCUCUCAUCGGGGCAGCAUCCAUCUAUUGCACACAGUCUGGCGCCUGGAGCCGACCUCCUCCCCUCUGCCAAGACCUUCCAGUUGUGAAGUGUCUCCGUCCUCCAAGCAUCACCAACGGAAAGCUCAACGGCAACAUCUCUGACACCUUCUCCUACGGAGCGUCUGUAUCCUACAGCUGCAAUCCCGGCUAUUCCCUGGUCGGGAAUGCUGUCAUCAACUGCACGCUGUGGGGAACCUGGAGCCAGCCACCUCCUCGGUGCACAGAGAUCAGAUGUGUGUUCCCAGAAGUUCAAGGUGUUAAGAAAGACAUAAAAGGAAUGACGUAUCGCUCUGGGACCAACAUCACUCUGGAAUGUGACGAUGGUUACACCCUGGAAGGCAUCAGUUGGAUUCAGUGCCAGGAGGACUUCAGCUGGGACCCUCCCGUCCCAGCCUGCAAACUGAGGUCACAGAAGUCUGGGUCUGUAGGCCUAGGAGUGGCGGCUGCAGGACUCCUGCUUCUCCUGGGCGCGGGCAUCGUCUGGAAAAUCAUUUCUAAGCAGAAGCAAGGCUACUAUCACACCUACGAAAAUGACAGUUACCAAACCCCUCUGAACCAGCCAGCUGAAAAGAAACGUUCAUGUCUUCCAUAGAAGGCUUGGAACGCCCGCUGCUGCUAACCAGGGCUUGGACCCGUUCUCCGUGGCUGCAGGUUGCACAAAAGCAUCGCUCACGUUGAAAUACUGUGGCAAAAAAAAAAGGCACUUUACUGUAGACUCAACGUUAAUGCUCUUUCUGCUCCCAUUAAUUACUAAUGAAGUUCAAACUGCGCACCGUGCAGAUGCUGUUCCAGAGGGACUUGUGUGUCUUGCUGUGUCUGACAAAGAACAUUUCUCCGUUGGCAACCCCUGUGAGAAGCAAGAUCCCGGGAAGCAUCCUGCAUGUGUGGAAGUCAGCAUUCGUUAAACUAAAGAUUGUGUUAAAAACUGUCUGCAGCAUCGCCGGACACUGCUCUGCGUUUUCUUCCAGGA